CUCAGCACGACCCUUUCCCAGCCCUUGUGAUGACCUCAUCGGAAGGCGGAGUUCAUCGUCCGGAUUUUGUCCUACCUGCUUUUGUUACCGUGGACAUGGCGGCUCCCCGCUCUGUCAGUACAGAGGCGCCUUUAGAUCAGUCGCAGCCCCAGGACAUCGAGGGCUUCAGCCCCACGGUCUACAGCAACCCGGAAGGCUUCAAAGAGAAGUUCAUUCGCAAAACCCGUGAGAACCCAAUGGUACCCAUAGGCUGUCUGGGUACGGCGGCAGCCCUCACCUAUGGCCUUUACUGCUUCCACCGCGGCCAGAGCCAGCGCUCCCAAAUAAUGAUGCGUACCCGGAUCGCCGCCCAAGGCUUCACUGUUGCAGCCAUCUUGUUGGGUUUAGCUGCAUCCGCUAUUAAGUCUCGAUCCUGAACCUAUGGCGGGGUCUUGAAAGCUCCAUGGAGAUCAUUACAAAACCCAGGAGCAACAAGCAGCCCUGCCAGAUUAUUUCCUCCGUUUCCUACAGGCCCCUUUUGUUGAGGAAGUGGCCGAUUUUGUGACAGAUUUUUUUUUUCCAGAAAUCAGAUUCGCUUCAGUUUGGGUUGCAUACUUCUAUUUGUGCUGCAGCCUCUCCACUCCUUACUUAAUAAACCCUAAUGCACUAGUAA